CACAACCCAUUCUUCACACUCUCUCUAAAAUUAUCUCUCUAUCCCCUCCCCUCCCAAAAGCCUAUGAAAUAGUGGUCUGUUGGUUGCGGCUAAGUCCGAUCUGCCAUCAGAAAACAUUUCUUUGGUUUUUCCCUCAAAACCCGCCGAAUCUCUGCUUGAAUUUCGCAAAAAAAUGAACGAGUGGUUCCAAGAAGAGGGAGUUUAUGUUGUCUAGCGGUACGUACUAAUUAUUCUAGUCAAUUUUUGUUGUUAUAAGCUUUUUAAUUAAUCUAUGUACUAACCUCGUUGUUAUUCUCUCGUAGGUUGGGGACGACGUGGAUAUAUAUAACCAACAGUAUUAUUUGGAUCAAGGACCUAUUGAUCCAACCGACUUGUACGACCAACCCAACCAUCGUUCAAGGGAUGUUUGGAACGAUCAUGAGGUAUUAUUUGGACCAAGGACCUAUUCCUCGCCCUCAUAAGCCGUGGCCUCCUACUCCUCAUCGUAUGAGCGUGGAUGUCCCCCGCUUGAGCUCGGAAGCGACGCCUCCCACGAAUCGACGCCGAUACAGCACCGACGAGCGCCCUAGCAUGGCCCAACGAAAUCUGCCACCGCCACCAGCGAUGGUUACUCCCGUCGCUCGUCAUACAAGGAGCAAGAAAACCGUGCAGCCCCAAUCUGCCCAGGGACUUCCUUGAGAUGUAUUUUUAGUUUACCUAAUUAAGUGUUGUUUUUAGUUGAAUUUUAAUUAUAUGUACUUGAAACCCUUCCUCCUAUUUUAGUUUAUUUAUUUGAGUGUUGUCUUAGUUUGUUUUUAGUUCUAUCUAAUUGGCUUUGUCCAUUUUUUUUUCGUGGUAACUUAGGCUUUGUCCAUUUUUUUCGUGUUAACUUAAGGCUUGAGUGUUAACUUAAUCACUUGUGAUUUAUGUUGAAACAAGUAAUACUUGGGAUCUUUGCCAAACACGCAAGUUCGAAGCAUCAUAACUCUAACUCCGACAAUAAGUGAAAACAUACAUAACAAGUACCAACAAAUGAUAACCGCAAACUAUGUCGCAUUAGCUUAGUCCGCCACAUCAGGACCUGAAUUUUGCGGACCAAUCGGUCCUGGACAACUUCGUUUAUCAUCUGGAACUUUGCAUACUGAACAUCGUCUUGGGCCUCGUGGUGGUCUUCCACUUUGAUCCAUUUCGUUCUGAAUUCUCUUUUUCCUCGGCCGACCCGAUUCACGCCUCUGUUCGAACGGCGGGAUGAUCAACUUUCCUUCGUACACCGGCCAAUAAGCUUGAUCAGGGAAU